GUAGUUAUACUACAGUGGAGGUGCCACCAUUUCCAAUAGCAGUGAAGGCAGCAUAACGACUUACUGCGUGAGGCGUGUUUGGCCUGGCAAGGACAUACAGGGUUAGAAUGACAUUUGUGUAAGUUAGCAAAGUAGUGCUUUCUAACGAUAACCUACUUGCAAAACCUGCUGCCGAAGUUAUUGCCCAAAGCCUGACCUGACCUGAACAACCACUUCAACUGAUUUCAGCGGAUUUUCUUUAGUAAAAGGUCUGUUGAAGUGAAGAGCCUGCUGUAUCAUUCUGAGUCAAAAAGGUCCUGAAGAUACUGUCUGUGUGUCUUUGUGGUGCUCACCAUACUCUGGGUGAUGAUCAGCUGGUGACUGCAGUUGCCCUGGCCCCUGUGGUGAAUGGCUGUGAGCAGAGGGGGCAUUGCCUUGUGGGUGAGUUUUGUCUGCAGCCACAGCAGAAGACAACCCAUCAAAAAACAGAUCUGGAGUCUGAGUCAGGCGAUUGACUGGCAGUGGAUCCGUCAGACACGCACUCUGAGCAAUGCACCAUGGGCCCUGGCAGCCCCCAACAGCUUGAGAUAUCAGAACAUUAAGCAGCCAAAACUGUCUCAUCCAUUUCAUCAUGCCAGCCAGCCUCAGAGAGGGGGUUACUAUGAGGGAGACUGCGAAGAAUCGCUCAGUGUGUGUGUGCUGGUGCGACAGGGUGAGUCAGAUGACAUCCACACCCUGCUGGAGCUCCCUCUGUCUGGUCAAAAUAAACUAGGAGACCUCCUUGCUCUGGGGGCUCACAAGCCCCCUGAGUUCUUUUUCUCGUUGACCACAGUGGAUGGUAGCAGGGAGGAUGACAUAAGCGUUGACAGCUUCAAGAGAAACAGUGUUGAUGCUGUAAAGAGAGAACAUGGCUGUUUCAGAAGCCUGUUUGAAGCAGAGAGGUGUCCUGCACCAUUCAUGUGUGGCUCUCAGUUUUAUUGUUUUCAUUGCCCGGUUGCUGAGCCUGGGAGAAGGCUGAAAUCAAGGCAGGAUAUUGAACUUGACACAAAGCCUCUGGAUCUGAUUCUGCUGCCUCCUACCUCUCUGUAUAGCCAUACAGAGAGAGUGGAGGGCAACCAUACUGAAGGAGACUGUGAAAAAGAGGAGAAACUGGCCAAAAUGUAUGAAAGACUGAGGAUAGAGCUUCCAAGUUUCUUUAUGAAGAGCCAUGAUUACACCAUGUACUCAAAUGAUAUGGAAUUCAUCAAUGGACUCAUGAAUACCAAGACCAGAGGCCGUGUGGUGUACCAGCUCAUCCUCUCCCUCUGGCGGCUCCUUUGUCUAUGUUACUAUGCUGAGGCUCGGCUAGAGGUGUUGAAACUCACUAAGCACAUUGAGGAUGGGACCAUUAAGGCUCGCUGGAGGAUCAGGGGCCUUCCCUUCCACUCUCUACUGCUGCACUUCUAUCAGAAAGACAAAUCUCACCUGUACAGGUCAUAUGAUGCAUUCUCUACAUUUUACAUUGGACAGGAUGGACUCAUUCACUGUCAUAAAGUUGAAAAGAUGAUGCCGGCUCAGCCCCCUGUCCUGCCCAGAGUAACGUCCCUCAUGGCAGGGGCUCUGGUAGCACUUGGUGUGCACGAACAACGACCUACACUCAGUCUGCUGCCCCUCUUCCUGUCCUCGCUUCAACAGAUCAGAAACUGACCUAAGGACAAUGACUGGAGAAAUACUUCCAUUUGGAAUCAGUAGUGUGUAUGAUUCUGAAAGGUUUAAUUCAUUCUCAGCUCUCUUCCCUGAAGUCUCAUAAUGUUGCCCAUGAGUUAAAUGCAAAGUCAAGAAUUCAAACUGUUUUUCCUUUUUCUAAAUUAGUAAAUUUGGCUUUUAUUUUUCAAAUUUCAAAAUAGAAACUGCUGCUCCUACUCCUUUAAAGAUGGGUCCUUUAAAACUCCAAGAAAAAUAUCUACAAUUUGAAAUUUCAUGACAUAAAGUUCAGGUUUUCUAUUAAUAAACUGAAUACAAUAUUUAACUGAUCAGCAUUACACUUGUUGCCUAACAUCAGUACAUACAUAUGGUGACAGAAAUCUCAAAGAUGUAGGUCUUUAGUUAAAAUUUGUGAUGCAGUGCUAACAUCUACUGCUGCAACACAUUUGAGAUGGUGCUGCUUUACGAAGCUUGUCACCAAAUGAGCAACUAAACAUUAAUUGGUCUUCCUUAAAGGAAUAGCUCAAAAUUUGCUUUCUUUAUAUUGUGAGAAGAUCAAUGUCAAGCUCAUGUCUGUGUAUUAAAGGAAAGUUUUGUGUUUUUCAACUUGGAUCUUGUCAUUGUGACAAUUCUGACUAUGGGUCCAUCUAAUUUGCAACCACCAUGUAUGUUGUAGAGAUUUGGGAUGCAUGGAAUCUGAUGCAAAAAACAAACAAAAAACAUAUAUUAGAGCAAGCAGUCUCCCAGAGCUUUAUAGAUAAACUUCAAAUGGAUAUAAAGCAGAUCAAACGUUUGAUACUUUUGUUUAGUCUUUAUACAAACAGAAAUAUAAAAGGGGAGAGUUGCUAGAACAACUUCUCGACAUUUCUGUUUGACUACUACAGGAUACAUCAUGUUAACCACUGAGCUGUGGAGAUGUUGUUAGAUGUACUUUUAGACGGUUGGACAGAGCUAGACUAGUUGCUUUUAACUGCUUCCACAGACAUAAGAUUGAUGUUUCAUUCUCAGAAAAGGAAUAAGUGCAUUUCAAAAAAAUGUUGAAUUAUUAAAAUGUUGAAUUAUUAUUAAAUACCCACAGUGGCUUCUUGUUGAUCAGCGAUUGCUGACCUGAGCCUGGUCCUGGGGAAGUUGGUGUGUUCAUUACCACAGCAGAUGCUCGAUCAUCAUAUCAUAACCAGCGUUACUGGACAAAAAAAGUGCAUAUUCCCAAAGCCAGAUUCUUAUACAUUACAAUGCCUGAUUUCUUCAGUGUCUUGCAACAUUUUUAGAAUCAACUCAAAGAGGAUGUUUUCAUGGAACACAGACUGAUGAGUCUCUCAGCACACUCACUGCAACUUUAGCUCUAUAUAGAUUAAAACUUGUUUUAAAAUCUA